AUGGAUCUGUCGGGAUUACUUCCGGCAGAGAAUCCAACAGAUGAGAAGAAGAAGAAGGUGGACCCGGCUCAAUCACCGAACACUACCUCAGAUGUUACGUCGUCAAAUAUUCUGAAAGAUAACAGUGGAGCAAUUAUCAAAUGCGCCGAAGAAUCUCAAAUGCCAGUUAAAAGAAAGGACACCCCGUAUGUUGGAAGAAAGUUUGAAUGGAGAAAUGUCGAUAUGGGAUCUUCUGCAGUGAUCCCUCUGAGCACGAACCGUUCUGGAGCUGUUCGCCGUACCAGCUAUUAUUCAAUCUUCACUGAUUUUGAAACUUGGGGAGCUGAUCAACCAUGCAGCUCCGUGCAAGCUGAAGCUCGUCUGAAAGACUAUCAAAAGAGAGAAAGUUUGUUUUCCCGCACAUAUGGCAGUCAAUGCGACACUGGGUAUGGAUCAACAAGUCCAGGUCUCUUCAUUCAAAUGCCAUGCUUGUCGACUGUGAAAGUUACCGAGAAGAAACAUGGAAACAAUGUUGAGGAGGAGCCGAAACAAAUCGAACUGAAGAAAAUAGAAGCAAAGAAUUUGGAACCAAAAGAGGCGCUCCCAGAAAACGGUCAGCUAAACUUUUGGAUUUCAACACCUGUCGUUCAAAAGAAUGCUGACGGCACUGCUUCUGAUAACGAAUCUACACAAGUUCACACGGGAGCAAAAGAGAAAUCAAACAAAGGUAUCAAAGUCAAGGUGCUGAGACCGGAGAAUCAACCAGCAACAGCACCGGAUAAUUUUGCUGGAACCCAGUACGGAGAUAUGGUAGACCGUCUAGCUACACUUGGCACUGCAGGAACUCUUGCAGAGUAUAACAGAAACCCAAAGAAGUUCUUGAAACGGUUUAAGUCGGAUCCGUGGCAUCAGAAGGUCAUGCCUCUCUUAUUUGGCAAAAGUCACAAAUCACCAGCUGAUGUUGUCAAAUCUCUCCGAGAAGUGCUCAUCAUCUUGGACAAGAUGCAGCCACCAAGAAUUGACAAAGAUGGCAAUCUUCAAACUGACAAGAAGUACGACAAAGCGCUUGACGAGGUCAGUAAAAACGUUGCGAUGAUCAAGUCGUUCAUUUACGGAAAUGACACCACUGAACCAAGCAGUGAGCACGUCGUCCAAGUUGCUCAACUUGCUCAGGAGGUGUACAAUGCAAACAUUCUGCCAAUGUUGGUAAAAAUGCUUCCAAAGUUUGAGUUUGAGUGCAAAAAAGAUGUCGGGCAAAUCUUCAACAAUCUUCUCCGUCGUCAAAUUGGAACUCGCUCCCCUACUGUUGAGUAUUUGGGAGCUCGUCCAGAAAUUCUCAUUCAACUUGUUCAAGGAUACUCUGUUCCGGAUAUUGCACUGACGUGUGGACUUAUGCUUCGUGAAAGUAUUCGUCACGACCAUCUUGCAAAAAUCAUUCUCACAUCGGAUGUGUUUUAUACUUUCUUCUUAUAUGUCCAGAGUGAGGUAUUCGACAUUGCAUCCGACGCAUUCUCAACGUUCAAAGAACUGACGACUAGACAUAAGGCAAUUAGUGCGGAAUUCUUGGAUGCCAACUAUGACCAUUUUUUCUCUCAAUAUCAAAAUCUCUUGAACUCCAGUAAUUAUGUUACCCGCCGUCAGUCGUUGAAAUUGUUAGGAGAACUGCUUCUCGACAGACACAACUUCAAUAUUAUGACAAAAUACAUCUCGAACCCGGAUAACUUGAAAUUGAUGAUGGAGCUGUUAAGAGAUAAGAGUAGAAAUAUUCAAUAUGAAGCAUUCCAUGUCUUCAAAGUUUUCGUAGCCAAUCCAAACAAGCCAAAGCCAAUUUCCGACAUUCUCAACCGUAAUCGUGAAAAAUUGGUCGAGUUUCUAGGAGAAUUUCACAACGACCGUACUGAUGAUGAACAGUUUAAUGAUGAGAAGGCGUAUCUAAUCAAGCAAAUUCAAGAGAUGAGAUCAUCGCCAAAGGAACCAAAAAAGCAAAAACCAAAGGAAGAGGAACACGCAGGACCUCAUUUGGAAGUGACCACACCGGAGGGGCCAUCUGCUUCAGUUCCAGCAUCUUCUGAUGUACCAUCGACUUCCAAGGCACAAUAG